AUGACUCAGAUGAUACCCAGCUCUCUAGCACAGGGCGAUAUUAUGCGAGAGCUCGAAGGCUUUGGCCCGUCAGAAUUGCGGAAAAAACUCGAGCUUGAGGUCUCGGCAAUAAAAUCUGCUUCGGAAACCGAUCCUCUGCACGACCCAAUAAUGACAGAGCUCAUGAAAAUACAGGGCCGGUCUUUGCCGAUAAUACCCGGUGGCAGCCCCCCUGAAACACCCGAUUUCCUGAUAGAGCAGCUCUCGCUACGACUCAGAGAGUUGCUUGAGCUUGUGCUCGAUCCGGCAAUACCCGACGAUGCCCGCAUGCUCCACGAACAAGCACUCAAAGAGUUGAUUUCCAAAGAGCCCACGAUAGAGAAGGGAGAGAAGUCGUAUCCGAAUGACUACCUCUCGCGGAUCUUGAUUGACAACUACUCCCUCUUUCUCAAGAUCUCCACACAAUACUUCAAUCUUUCGCUUGCGUCGCUUGUCACACGAUAUCUCGUCAGCCUCGUAUACAGCCUAGAAUGCUGGGAAAUAUACCAUCUUUUGCACGUGGUCCCCAACCUCGAAUAUAUUCUCAAGCUCUUAGAAUUUGACAUCAGCUGCACGUCUUUCGGACACAUCGUGAGGCCGCCAGAAAACUUCCUCAAUUUCAACUUGAGACAGGGCCUCCAAUACCCGUUUCCUUUCCCGUUCUACAACUUCUCGUACCACUCGAUCGACCCCAAGGCCUCCACGAAAAAGAUGGACAGAAUCACCAUCAAGCCGUACAUAGAUCUUCGCUUGGAUAAGCUGGAGCUCAAGGCGCCGAGCAAGACAAAGGCGAGAAAGCUCUCGGCGACACCAGCCAAGCCAACGGAGGCCGAGCUUGCUUAUUUGUCGGACUCCGACUCCAGCGCCAACAGCGAGGAUUUCCGCAAGUGGAAAAUCUUGUACUUGUUUGUCGAAAUGACACCUGAGAAAAUCCAGCACGAUUUUGAUCUUUGCUUCGUCACGCCUACGCAGAGAGCGUACGAAGAAGAAGACUACGAUUCUGACCGGGCCAAGCUCAUCGAAGCCAAGGAGCAGGAGACCAUCGAUGCCAGCAUGCCGGAACUUCCGGUCACGCCUUCCGUGUUCCAGAAAGCUUUCACCAAGGCUCAUGAUACCGGGCUUGUCAAACACACAUUUCUCCACCAGUGCAAGCUCAUGGACCCGGAAUCACACAAGACGUGUUUGAAAGUCUUUUAUGGAAAAAACGAGCUCCACCGGCAUCAGGAGUUUGUACACGCAACGAAAAAGCGGAUGUACCGCUGUGCCUACUGCCCGAAAGAAGAUGCCGACGAGAAGAACAAGGUUUAUCCCCGAUACGACUCGCUUGCGCGGCACAUCCGCCGUAAGCACGGUAUUGUGGGCAGUGAGAAUAAACUGGCCGUGCUCCUUGCCAGGCGUGUGGCGGAAUCGGAGGACAUCUUCGGCAAACUGCCAGCUUUGCCUUAUGAAUAUGCGGAGACGGUACCGGAACUGGUGCCGGGACCCCUGGCCUCAAUCACCGACACCACGGGCAUCCUUAUUAAGGAGAACCGAUUCAAGUCGGAAGGCAAUAUCGUCGACUCACACCCUAAAGAAUACCGCGAGAUGCUUGCAAAGUCCGAACUGCACAAGAAAGCAAGAACGGCACUGGCUUCGAACGAGCCACAGAAACGCACGAGGAAGUCUGUUGGGGGAGGCUCACUGGAACACCAGGAAGUCCCUUACAACGAGUUCAAAUGUCCCACGCUUCUUAGCUCGGUCAACGCAGCGGGCCCUCUCAACGCGAGGGGCCCAGCAGAUGCAUCGGAUCUAGUCUCCGCAGCAGCUCAUCAAUCUGCAGCCUCGGAAAGGCCAGCUCCAGGCAGACCAGCUUUAGGAAGUCCAGCAGUUGACAGACCAGAUCUAAGACAUCCAGCUCCAGUAAGAACGGCUUUGGGAGGCCCAGAAGCUGAAAGACCAGCAGCUGAAAGACCAGCAGCUGAAAGACCAGCAGCUGAAAGACCAGCAGCUGAAAGACCAAGGGAAAAACUAGCAGCGGAAAGACUCGCGCCCUUAGAGAGAAAGACAGUGGACCCUGCACCGGGAAUGCAGCAGGCAAGCGCCCCCUGGCUCAGAGACUCGGCCAGUGUUUUCGAGUACCGAGGGCCGCAGAAGCAAAGGGCCGGCCUGGAAAUCAGCCCUAGCACCCGAGUCCCAGACGUGGCACAGUAUCCCCAGCAGCUCCAUUCGUAUGGCGCGUAUGCGUCCAACUUCACGCAGCCAAUGUACACUGCGCCCGACGGAAACCUAGUCUACGGCCAUGGCCCGGGCGUGCGCUUGCCGUCUCAAACGACUGCGGCCCAGUACCCAUAUAUGCACCAGAUGUACGCAGCUCAAUACGCGGGCGAAUACCAGGCAGCGGCCUUGGCGCAGCAAGCGCCCAACGAGGGCUCCCGGAAUCCGGCAGCCAGCCCUCAAGAAAGCAUGCAGUCGAUGCAUCAGGGAGCUGCGCAGCAGUAUGCAAAAAAAGAGGAUCCCCGCCACGACAAUCUGCGCUGA